UUGCAUUUUUUGAUGGCUGUCUUCUUCUCAUCAUGUCGAAGUCGUGUUUCGUUCAAUCUCUUCAAGUUUUUCCAGUGAAAACUUUGUUCAGUGUAAUGGGAUAAUUCUAUUCCUAUUUCUUCAUUUUUUGUGAGUUGGUGGCGCGUGCGUGUAACAAAUUGAUUCAAUAUCAAUUUCAUUUUCCUUUGGGUGAACCCGUAACCAUCUACCUUUGACUGUAACUUGGCGUGCCUUGUUAAUAUUUUGUGAAUCUACUUCAACAUUAUCAUCUACUUUCAACUUGGAUUGACGUGCCUUGUUGCUGUUAAUGAAUCUGUUUCAAUAUCAUAUUGAAUCUUCUUUUAAACUUGAUUUCGAACUGUAACUUCCUAAUGUUUGGUAAUGCCCUGCCUUUACUUGACUGUUGUGUUUAAACUGGUAGCCACACACUUGCUUAGGCCUACCUCAGUUUCCAUAUGAACUGGACAAUUCAACUAAAGUUAGCUCUUCAACUAUUGAACAGUGAUUAAUAUUUUCUUGGAAGAUCUUUCAAUGUUUCCAUAUGAACUGGACAAUUCAACUAAAGUUAGCUCUUCAACUAUUGAACAGUGAUUAAUAUUUUCUUGGAAGAUCUUUCAAUGUUUCCAAACGAACUGGGAGUUAUCAAUGUGCUGUAACCAAUCGUCCUAUCCAUACAAGUGUUGGAAAUCUGCAUCAAUUCAUCACGGACAGUAUACCCAUACUUCAAGCAAGCCUACCUUGACUAUUUCCUGGAGCCAACUUGAACACCACUAUCAUGUUGAAACCCUAGACAUUGUCAGCGUCGUCUGAUCCGAAUAUAUUUGAUACAAGUACAAAUAAUGGCGCAGAAUUCUUCAUCAGCCUUUAUGAACUGACGUCGGUGAUUGAGCCGAAUUCGGGGUUGAUGUGGUCCGCUGUUGAAACUCUGCAAGAAGCCAUCAAAAAUCCUGCAGCGCAGCAUGCUUUGAUUCAUACAUUCAAGUUCGUACCUGUACUCACCGAGUUGUUGAAAAAUUGCACAAAUGAUGAUAGACGAGUUCAAGUUCUGAGAUUAAUGCAGGAUUGUACUUUUGGUGUAAAAAUUCAAUGGCAAGAAGCCUAUUUGAGAACACUGAUCUCAUUACUGGUAGAAUGGAUCACGUGUUUAGGAAGGAACAACGAUUUGGUCUCUUUAUCGUUGGGAGUGCUUGUUAACUUAUGCUGCAAUAAUCCCCCGGCAAUCUACACGCUCAAAUGUUCAAUUGAAUUGAAAGAUCUCGUACAAGCAGUACUGGCUCUUCCAAGAAAUAACUUUGAUAUUAGAGUACAGGCGUACAGACUGCUCUCCAUUCUGGAUAAAAUCGAAGGAGAGCUUCCUGAUGAUGAAAUUCUAUCAUCUAUCAAAUGGACUUUCAAAAGAUUACAAGAGACAUUCCAGUCAAGGAGCAGUUACACAAUGAAGCAAAUUGUCGACUACUUCACAGAUAUCCAGAGUAAUACAAACUUCAGAAAAGUUCUCCAGACAUACCAGAGUUUCAAGCAAGAUAUUGAUACGCUCAUCAAAUUAUUAGAAAACAACUCUCCAGGCUAUGCAACGGAGUGUACAGCUGUUCUGUUGGAGUUUCUUCAAGCUUUGAUUGAAUUGGAUUCUCCAGAGAAGGAACUAGGAUACGAUCGUCUAUUGAAAAUCGCUCUAGCCUUGGCUGGUGAAGAUUGCCGCCUCAGUAGAUGCACAUUCCACUUGGUCAGAGCCAUUCUCGUCAAUUCUAAUCUUGAGAGCCAAGUAGAAAGUGAAAAUUACCUACUUGGCGAUCUAGAGGAUUAUUUAAAGGUAGUAUUAUCUCUUAUGGAGGAGAGAGCCAAGUCUGUCCUAGAUUACAAAAGUUGGAUGGUUGAUAUCCUCACACUUCUUCUUGAAUGUAGUAGUAAUACACCUUACCUACAAGAGAAAAUCAGUUCAUCUCUGAAUUUAUCGGUAAUUAAGGAUAUAUUCAAUGCAGAUUUUACAUGUUCGAAUUCCGAAAAUCUUUUCGAUUCCACUUUGAAUGCGUUGUAUAUAAAGAGUUUCGCACUAGUUUCAUCAUUGUCAAAAACGUCCCAAGCCUGGAAUAGCUUGUUGAAUGAUUUGAAGGGGAGCAAAAGACUUCAAACUCGCUUGGCAACAGCUUUGUACACUGGAGAUAAACAAAUCAAAUCCUUGGUUUUGCUACUGCUGCAGCAAAUAAACGACAGCAGUACACUGGAUGAAAUAUCGCAAUCUAUGGCAGAACUGAGUGCGUUUCUGGUACCUGAUGCCGCACUGCAUCGUAAUGGCCAUUUCAACGGAUCAUUUCCACCAAAUAACUGUCUGCCGAACAACAGUCGAACAGAAAUCACCAUCAGUGCUCCUCUCUUUACCGAUAUUCAGAAGAAGCAACUUGAUAACUGUAUCAAUAAUGUCACAAACGCUAUCGCUAACAAUCAGAUGGAGGGAAUCGGCGCGGAAACUGUGCUGGAAAUGUACCAGUACAAGAUGGCGUCAAUGGCGCACUCUGAGCAGGUGCUGGCGAGCAACCUGGCGAGUGUGGACUGGCACUGCACGCAGCUGCGACACCGGCUGGCCUGCCUGAGCGGCGAGUCGACGCGGCUGCUCGCUCUGCUGCACGCCAAGGAGCAGGCCAUCCUAGACUCAAAGCAGCUCAUCGCCAAGCACAAGCACGAGCUCUGUGACAUGGAGCGUGGAGUGCAUGCUGCACGCAACCGGUGUGCCAAUAUUAUUGAAGAGUUGAAAGCAAAGCAGAACAUGAACGAAGAAUUGAGAAAUAAAAUAAAAUUUCUCAACGAGGAAUUGGAAGAAAUGAAAACUUUGAAUAGUUCUUUGGUGUCCAAUAAUGAAACACUUGUAUCACAGAUAAAACACCAUACUGACAAACAAAAAGGUCUUGAAGAAAGAAUAUCUGUCCUCCAAAAAGAUUUGGAAACUGCCAGAGUCGAAGCCAACGAUGCUUUGAAAAUGAAGGAUAAAGAAAUAUCUGACCAUAAAAGGCACAUUUCAAAAUUGGAGGAAUCUAUCAACUCGAAAGACAAGGACAUUGCUCAGUACAGAUCUGAGAUAAAUGAAUUGGAAGAAAUGAGAGAUGGCAUUAUGAAAGCAUUCAUGAAAAAGGCCAAGAAAUAGGUAGUUUUUAAGAUCACAUUACUUGUCAAGUGAAAAAGUAUUAUGUUAAUGAUUUUGUAUUAAACUAGUUUUGAUAGAAAAAUGUAA